UAAAUAAUGGACAGGUGGAAGGACAGAUGGACAGAUGGAAAGAUGAAUGGAUGGGGUGGAAGGGUGAGGGGUAAGUGGACUGACAGUUGAAAAUACAAAUGAAUGACCCCCCCCCCCAAGGCAGGUGGAGUCACCUGCUCACACUGGCUUGAGCUGACACAGGAGGUGACAGGCCAGUGGGUUGCUGGGCAGGCAGAGGUCUUGGCUGGGGAGAGCCCUACACGGUCUGGGGAGAGCUCAAGCUGGGUCCCCACAGCCUGGGUUUGGCUCCAGGCUCUGCCCUCUCAGAUGUGUGACCGUGGGCCAGUAGUGUUCCAGCUCUGAGUCUAGCAUGGCUAGCAGAAGGCACAGGCCAAGGGAACCCUCUGGGGCCGUUCAUCUCAACGGGCAAGCAUUACCAUUAUUAGCACCGAGGCCGGCCUCAGGCCUCCUCCAGCAACACCAGAGCCCCGCUGAGCACAGCCCUGCUCAGCCGGUCUUCUAGAAGGAGACACACAUCACACAAACAACCCAGGCCUGGGCUGCCGCAAAGGGCUCUGGGAAAGGGGUUGGCGCUGGCCCCACGAGGCACAGGGACUUUCUGGCCAAGGGGCUUGACACAUUCCAAAAUCCAUUGUUACAUUUCACAAGAAAAGGAAUAACUCUAAGUUAUUUUUUGUUUUAAAGCCCUCCAGACAGAAGAGAGGCAGCAGAGUGAAAGCCCCACGUGGAGAUGUGGGCCUUCCUUUCCCAUCAAAUGCAGGCAAACACAAACAUUUUCUUUUUUACUAUCAUUUUGUGAUUUGCUUCUGUCCUCUAUCAACAUGCCUGGGACGGCUUGUCACCACGGUUCCUGCAAACUCCAUUCCUGUGCACGUCCACGGGUGCACGUGGUGUGGCCAAGGGGUACAGUGCAGGGCGGCGGGGGGGCGGGCAGGAGUGAGCCAGGCUGCCUGGGCUCAGCCCGUCCCCACUGUGUGACCCAGCUGAACCCCUAGCCCGCCUAGUGUCCUCGUCCGUGAAGUGGAAAUUCUAUUACCUACUGCUGUACAGCUUUGGGAGGACCGAAGGGUCAGUGGCUGUAAAGUUCUUGCAGCCACUCCUGGCAGGCAGUGAGGCACUCUAAAUAUCACCGCUCCGACUUAAUUCAUCAGUGAUACACGUUGGCUUGUUUCCAGUUUAUAACAGAAAGGCCUCCCAUAAGCCUGCUUUGGGGGGUUUCGUCCUUUCGGGGGAGCACACUCAGAGGGGGACGGCUGGGUCAAAGACACCUGCUCUAUCCGUAAUUUUCACACACUUUGCCACUGGGGCAGGAUUUGGAGAGGCGGAGGAAAGGCAGUGGGGUUUCUGGGCGAAAUGGUUCAGGGGCCCGGAGCGGGCACGGGGGCCCAGGCUGGCCCCAGAGACUGCCAGCCUUGGCAUUUCCAGAAAAUGGGCCUCCACGGCCAGGAGAGCCCAGGGUCUCACCCAGCUCGCUCUGUGACCGAGAGCAAGUCACGGACCCCCGAGCCACGCUUUCUACGUCUAUAACACGGGACAGGAGACGAGAGUAUAUGCACUGGGCCUGGGCCCUGCUGUGCUUUGAUCUACAUAACACCCAGCUGGUUGCUGCAGACCGCACGGCCCCAGGCGGUGGGUAAGAAUGCACCCAUCUUUGGAAGGAAGGGGUCUCCGGGUGUGGCUGUCGUGUGGGUGAGAUGAGCCCCAGACCCAGUCCUUCUGGACACCCUACCCUUCCUGACAUCCCGAGGGGUUAGGGCCCGGGGCCUGGGGUCUCUAAGCCUGUGUGGCCCCCUCCCCGGGAGGGAGGGACCUCAGGGCUACCGAAAGGAAUCUAGUCAAAGCCCCCCGUCCCCCGCCCCCCAGCCAAGCUUACAGACAAAACUCACAGGUGUCUGCACUUGGCCCGAACUCUGUUUUGCUCGGUUACAGGGCCCUCCCUCCCUUCUCAGAAAAUAGACCACAACUACAAAACAUAUUCUUCUCUAGCCUGACCACAGCCCACAUCCCGGAAAAGCCCCAGGCAGAGCCCCUCCUGGCACCCUCCUGCCCUACCUGGCCACGUGUGGACCCCUCCCCACCCCCCACCCCUCCACGGGCACAGCUACAACCCUCCCACAUCCUUCCAGACCCCUCAGAAGGCCCCUGACAGAAACUCGGAGCCGACAUCCCUCCUGAUGUCUGGCCCUUACCCCCCUCGCAAGUGAAUCCCCCCCGUCCCCACUCAUGGCUCUACUUGGUGCGAUUAUAGGCCGCCCGUGUCACCGGCCACCCCAGCAGCUACAAAGCAUGUAACAGAGUGCUCCCCGCUGCCUCCCUGCCGGGGCACUGCCUUUACCCCUGACGUGGGCACAGGCUUCAGACUCAGGCUCCCGGCCCCCUGGAGCCACUCCCGCAGGACAGCCGGGGACACUGUGGGCCAGAGACAAAAAGCAGGCGGGAACCAGCAAGGAGAAGAAUUCGAGGCCCGCUCUGCCAUGAUGACAUCGAUGGACUCAAUCUCCUAGAUGCAGUUUCUCUAUCUCCGAACAGGGACAACAGCUACCCCGGUACAGGGGUCGAGGGAGUUUCUGGAGCUGCCCCAGGCUCCUCCCGCGUCUGUCCUCCCCGAGGGCCUGCCUGCCACAUCGGACUGUCCCCACGCGCCUCUGGGCUCAGUGUGUGUCGUUCUCUGUCCGCCGCCACACCGUCCCCCGCCUUCCGUGGUGUCAACUCCAGCUCACCCUGCCACCGGGACCACGGCCCAGGAGAAAGCGCCCAGCCAAGUCGAGUCCCAGCCGGACAGUCCAGACUUCACAAGGCGCUGGGGAAGGAGGGCAGGACACGUCGCUGAACAGGACACUCCCCCAAAGACCAGGGAGGGGUCCUUGUCACUGCCAACCUCAGGGACUCUCCAGGCGCAGGACCUGGCUCCUCCUCGUCCCCCUCGUCCCCCGCGGCCCAGCGCCCUCCCACUUGGGCCGGCUCGCCCAGUCCUUCCCGAGGCCUCCCUUGUCGAGGCCCCGCGCCGGCGCCCUCCCUGCCACCGAUGGCCUGUGUGCGCCCGUCCAGGAACCUGCCCGGAUCCACACCCCUCCGCGGCCCAGCAGCGCGCAGGUGUGGCAGGCGUGCUCGUGGGACACCCAUUUGACACAGUCAAGGUACGGCUGCAGGUCCAGAGCAUGGAGAGGCCUCAGUACCGAGGGACCUUGCACUGCUUCCAGUCCAUCGUCAAGCAGGAGAGUGUGUUGGGCCUGUACAAGGGCCUGGGCUCGCCCCUCAUGGGGCUCACGUUCAUCAACGCGCUGGUGUUCGGCGUGCAGGGCAACACCCUGCGGGCCCUGGGCCGCGACACGCCGCUGAACCAGUUCCUGGCCGGCGCGGCGGCGGGCGCCAUCCAGUGCGUCAUCUGCUGCCCCAUGGAGCUGGCCAAGACGCGGCUGCAGCUGCAGGACGCGGGCCCGGCCCGCACCUACCGCGGCUCGCUGCACUGCCUGGCGCACAUCUACCGGCAGGAGGGCCUGCGCGGCGUCAACCGGGGCAUGGCCUCCACCCUGCUGCGCGAGACGCCCAGCUUCGGGGUCUACUUCCUCUCGUACGACGUGCUGACGCGCGCGCUGGGCUGCGAGCCCGGCGACCGGCUGCUGGUGCCCAAGCUGCUGCUGGCGGGCGGCACGUCGGGCAUCGUGUCCUGGCUGUCCACCUACCCCGUGGACGUGGUCAAGUCGCGGCUGCAGGCCGACGGGGUGCGGGGCGCCCCGCGCUACGGCGGCUUCGUGGACUGCGUGCGCCAGAGCUACCGCGCCGAGGGCUGGCGCGUCUUCACGCGCGGGCUGGCGUCCACGCUGCUGCGCGCCUUCCCCGUCAACGCCGCCACCUUCGCCACCGUCACCGUGGUGCUCACGUACGCGCGCGGCCCCGAGGCCCGGCCCGAGGGCGACGCUGUGCCCACCCCGUCGGGGCCCGGCCUGGCCCAGCCCUCCAGCCUGUGAGGCCGGCGCGCGGGAGCGCCCCGGGCUCCGGACCGCAUCGGGCCCGGGCUGGAUCCCACGCGCCGGCGAGGGGCGCCCUUGGCCGCAGGCUCCACGUGCGCGGUGUCCUCGGCCGUGAAAUGGGGGGCCUCACACCCGCAUCGUGCACUCCCCGAGCGCAGAGGGGGCGCCCCGCGGCGCCCCGCGUGCACGAGCCCGUUGCUGUUACCUGGGGAGUCUUCCGGAAACCCAGCCGACACUCCAGCCCUUUCCUGGGGUCCGGGCCGACACCACCGAGGGGUCUUUGAUGAUCCACCCGUGGGCUAUCCAGUGACUAACUCCACCCGGCAGAGCCCCAGGGACACUUCUUGGCCACCUGUCCAUUCUCUGUGUUAGGGACAGAGGGGCAGCUCCACAUAACUCCUGGUGUCCCAGAAUACUCUGCUGGUACCCCCCAGCUUCUCCGGUUGGCACUGCUGGGAACGCCGUUACUGCUGCCACUCCCACUGGAGGGAGACCUGGGGGACCCGCUCAGAAGCUUGGGGCCAGCUGGCAGCUCCGUAUUAGCCUAGGGGCUGGGGGACCAGCCACUGGCCACUGGGACGGAAGAUGGACAGUUAAGUCCAGCUGCGGGGCGGGGAGGGCUUGCCACCCUCUAGUCCUCAGGCUGCCCGUCUAUAUAAUGGGGACACGGGUCAGCUGCUGUGUGGGGCUCUGGCCCGCUACCACUGGCCAGUUCCCUAGGUCAUCGGGGACGUGGGUACAGGAAGAUCCCCACUCCCCAGCAAAUGAGGUCUCUCCCAGGGAGUCGUGCUUGGUGUUCCCAUGAGGCCACAAAGGAAGGGCUGUUCGUGGGCACGGGUGUGGCCAGUGUGGGCCCCUCUGGGCCAAGUGGGAUCCGAGCCUGUGCUCCUGGGACUAUGAGCCUGGGGCAGCCCCAGCACAUCUGGAACAGCGUGGCCGUGUGUUUGGACAGGGAGGCGGAUGGUUUUGCACAGGUUGGAAAGGACUGUGGCCUCCUUUGCCCUGAGUGGAGCUCAGCCUCUUGGGCCAUGUGAUACGUUCUCCCAGGAGGCAGACUGGGGUCAAGGAUGACCAGACUCUAAUCCUAUUCUCGUGGUGUCAUUGCUGUAUAGAAAUCGCUGAAGGAAUAAAAUAUUCUUUGUUUUCUUAA